AUGGACGGUGGCGCGGAAGGAUCUCAGCAACCUCACCUUGUUCUAGCCAACAAGCUCUUCCUCCUCACUCAUCCCGAUGUGCAAGACAUCGAGAAAGUCCGCCUCAAGGCCGAGGUCUUGGAUUCGAUCAAAUCCGAUGGUAUGGCUCCCUUGUACGAAACCCUAGCGGCGUCUUCGGUGCUUGAGUUGGAUCAGAGCUUGUUAGAUUCUAUGCGGGCUAAUAACGAAGAGGAGCUUAAAAAGCUCGACGAGAAGAUCGCAGAUGCAGAAGAGAAUUUGGGUGAAAGUGAAGUCCGUGAAGCUCAUCUUGCUAAGGCUCUGUAUUUCAUCAGGAUCAGUGAUAAGGAGAAAGCUCUGGAGCAACUAAAACUCACUGAAGGAAAAACUGUUGCUGUCGGGCAAAAAAUGGACUUGGUAUUCUAUACAUUGCAACUUGCUUUUUUCUACAUGGACUUCGAUUUGGUAUCCAAGAGCAUUGAAAAAGCAAAAAAAUUGUUUGAAGAAGGUGGUGACUGGGAAAGGAAGAACCGUCUAAAGGUCUAUGAAGGUCUGUACUGCAUGUCCACUAGAAACUUUAAGAAGGCUGCCAGCUUAUUUCUGGAUUCUAUAUCAACCUUCACGACAUAUGAAAUUUUUCCAUAUGAGACCUUCAUAUUUUACACCGUCUUGACAAGCAUCAUAACUUUGGACAGAGUUUUGCUUAAGCAAAAGGUCGUUGAUGCACCUGAGAUCUUAACCGUGCUUGGGAAGAUUCCAUUCCUUUCUGAGUUUCUGAACUCCUUGUAUGAGUGCCAGUACAAGGCGUUUUUCUCUGCAUUUGCUGGAAUGGCAGAGCAGAUAAAGUUUGACCGCUACUUGUACCCGCAUUUCCGAUUCUACAUGAGGGAAGUCAGAACAGUGGUUUACUCUCAGUUUUUGGAAUCUUACAAGAGUGUGACAGUGGAAGCAAUGGCAAAGGCCUUUGGAGUUUCCGUGGAUUUCAUUGAUCAGGAGCUGUCACGUUUUAUUGCUGCCGGGAAGCUUCACUGCAAGAUAGACAAGGUUGCGGGCGUUCUGGAGACAAACCGUCCUGAUGCAAAGAAUGCACUUUACCAGGCAACGAUCAAGCAAGGGGAUUUCUUACUGAACCGGAUCCAGAAGCUAUCUCGUGUCAUUGAUCUGUGA